UUCUCCACUCCUAUUCAGUCCAAGCUUGAAAAUAGCACGCGCUCUACAGUGCUACACAACCAAUGUUGGUUUGCUGUACAAAGUUUUAAGUAAUAAAAAAAAAGGCCGUGAAAUAUGGCACUGAACUCACCGUGGGAAUAUUUAGUCACACUUCAUGAAGAUGUAAAAAAAAGUGGAGAUCGACGCGUGGCCGAUUGGUUUUUGGUUCGCUCACCUGUACCAGUAAUUGGAAUAUUCAUCUCAUACAUGUUUCUAGUCCGCUAUGGCCCUCGAUUCAUGGAGAAACGACCUGCUUUUACGCUUAAGUAUCUGAUGCUUAUCUAUAACACAUUCCAAGUGUGCCUUUCGGCAUACAUGUUUUACGAGUUCUUCGUCACUGCUAUUUUAUCUCGAUAUAAUCUGACAUGUCAACCAGUCGACACCUCUAUGGAUCCUCUAGCCUUAAGAAUGGCCAGUGUCUGCUGGUUCUUUUACUUUUCGAAAAUUAUCGAUAUGGUUGAUACGAUAUUUUUUGUUUUGCGAAAAAAGAACAACCAGUUGACAUUCCUCCACAUUUUUCACCAUAGUACCAUGAUCUUCAACUGGUGGCUCGGAGUUAAAUACGUUCCUGGAGGCCAAUCAUUUUUUUGCGCAAUGCUCAACUCGCUCGUACAUGUUGUAAUGUACAGCUAUUAUCUGCUAAGCUCAUUGGGGGCAUGGAUUCAGCCCUAUCUAUGGUGGAAACGUUAUCUCACCCAAUUCCAGAUAGUUCAAUUUGUGCUGAUCGUGAUCCACAUCUCCGUUGGGCACUACAACAAUUGUGAUUUUCCUUCGGCACUCGGGUACAUGUUGGCUCUUUACUGUUUAACUCUGUUAGUGUUCUUUUCCAACUUUUACAUUCAAGCCUACAUUCGACGGUCGAAGAAAAAAUUAUAG